AUGGAUGGGAUUGCAGAACUCGCAGUUGGAAACAUUGUGAGACGUGUUUUGCAUAUCAUCAGGGAGGAGGAUAUUUCUCUUGCCACGAAUGCUAUUGGUGGAUUGGGUUUAUCAGUUGGAAGUGAUGAUGAAGAUGAUGCUGCAAAAGAUGAUCACCCGGCAUUGUCUGCUGCAGCAGUUGCUGCUGCUUUUAGAAGUACUUUGCGCCCACCUUCGUUGCAUGCUCUUCUUGAGGGUGUACCAGACUCAGGAGCUGUUCCACAUGCUUCUUCUUCAGGAGGUGAUUCUGAAGGAAAAAGCAAAUCAUUUGAAGGUUUUAAUCAAUUUAGUUUAGUGACUUAUGUACCUUGCAUAGGUGAAUCUCUUUUAACUUUGAGGAUUGCAGAAGCUGAAGACAGGGAAGGUGACAAUGCCAACCAGGUGGACUGUUUGGUGACAUUAGGAGGAAAGGAGACUGAUGCAAUUGGCUCAAGAUCUWUGGAGAUUGUGCCCUGCUUGAAUGCUGAGGAAAGUAGUAAUAAGGAGCGAGAGGGUGGGACUAGUUCUGAAACUCUUAUAAUGAAUCUUKGAGAAGAUUUAGAUGACUCAAGGAGGAGAGAAGUUUUAGAUCCCCUGGUAGAAAAAUUCAGGGAAUACUUGGGUGAUUCAAGUUUGAGAGAAAAUAUCUCUGAGUUGAGUGAUUCAGUGGAUGAAUUUGUGGAAAAACUUGGUGAGGUAAUAUUAACUUUAGGCCGCUCAAGAACAGUGAUGGAGUUCCUUUGUGCUGCGAAGGAGAAAAAGCGAUCAUUCCGUGUAUUUGUUGCAGAGGGUGCUCCAAGGUACCAGGGGCAUGUUCUUGCAAAAGAGUURGUUGCAAGAGGCUUACAGACCACUGUCAUUACUGAUUCUGCAGUUUUUGCCAUGAUUUCUCGUGUGAAUAUGGUAAUAAUUGGAGCUCAUGCUAUCAUGGCCAAUGGCGGGGUUAUAGCGCCUGUUGGAUUGAAUAUGGUUGCACUUGCAGCUCAAAGACAUGCUGUCCCAUUUGUUGUUGUUGGUGGUAGUCACAAGUUGUGCCCCUUGUAUCCACACAAUCCUGAAGUUCUCUUGAAUGAUCUGAAAUCCCCAUCUGAGCUAUUGGACUUUGGGGAGUUCUCUGAUUGCAUGAACUUUUCAAGUGGCAAUGGUGCUCCUCUUCUCCAUGUUGUCAAUCCUGCAUUUGAUUACGUGCCACCAAACCUUGUUAGUCUUUUCAUCACUGACACGUAAGUUUUCUAUCCUUUCCUA